GGUGUCACUUGACGUUUCGGAUUUUAAGCACGAAACCCCUCUGUUGGUUUCACCACAAGUAUUAUGCUCUUGCUUUACGUUCAUUUAGCCUAGGCUUAUUUUAUGAAAUUCGUUGAUAUUUUGUCAAAAUAUAAUCGUAUUGAAAUGUAUGUUACAUUCGAAAUGCGAUAGGCCUAUAUGUUAGUGACAGAUGAUACCAAAUGGUAUGUUCAGACAGAAGACGGCGAAGAAUAUCCUACCAUCAUACUGCUUGAUAUCGACCUCGUUUUAUUUAUCAUAUUCUAUUCAAGGUUCUGUAUUCUGAUGUCGACAACAUGAGAAAGGCAUUCAUAAAACACGUCAAAAGGUUUCCGUGGCUAACCAACGUAACCCUUUACGGUUGCCUGUUUGCCGGCGGGGAUUUCGUUCACCAGUUGUUCUCGCGCAAUGAAAAAACGGACUGGAGGCAUACACGCAAUGUGGCAGUGGUCGCUUUCAGUUUCCAUGGCAACUUUAACUUCUUCUGGAUGCGUUUUUUGGAGCGCAGAUUUCCCGGGAAUUCGGUCAGGAUGGUUGUGCGUAAACUUUUCUUGGACCAGACCACAGCUGCUCCUCUGGCCACUAGUGUAUUCUACACAGGGGUGAGUUUCUUGGAGGGCAAAGAGGACAUUUUCCAGGACUGGAGGGAGAAGUUCCUGAAUACAUAUAAGACUGGACUCAUGUUCUGGCCAUUCAUGCAGUUCCUGAACUUUUCCAUGGUGCCUCUGUACAUGCGGACCACCUUCACAGGGUGCUGUGCCUUCGUCUGGGCCACCUUCCUGUGUUUCUCACGUCAGAGUGGGGACGGCACGGCUAACGCCGCCAUCGCAUGGAUGUUUACUCCAAAACAGGAUAGGACGACAGAGCCUGAAGCGGAGAAUCUCGGGCCCAAAGUGGAACAAACAGGGCCAAAAGUGGACCAAACAGGGCCCAAACUAGACACAGAAGGACCCAAACCGGAGAACCCAAGCCCCAAAGAGGAGACAACAAACACCCACUGUUAAGCAGGACGACCAAGCACGAACAAAGGAGGUGGAGGCUAGUUUGAACAAGGGCGCACAAACUGACACAACACCCAGCCAGGAGAAGGGACCACAGACAACCACGGACUCAAAAAUGAAUCUCUGGUAGAUUCUAGUUCUAUAGAACCUUCAGAUAAGAAUACUGUCUAUGUAUGAAUCUUAUAUCUCAAAAUGUUGUCAUCUUGAAACGUUCAAUUCCAAUGUGCUAUGCUACUGCACAAGAUGUCGGCAGGGUGUAACGUAUUGCUAUACAAAGGGACUUUGUAUUUAUUGAAUUUGUUGUUGAUAACAAUUGGGAUCCAGCAUUCUUAAACAAACCAUACUUGUACAUAGAAGUGCUUGUACUACUGCACCUAUCUUCCCCUUUCUCCAUCUCUCUCUCUGUAUCUCUCUCUCUGUAUCUCUCUCUCUCUCGCCCCCUCUUGACAGACAACUUGUAAAAAUCAGUGUGUUGUACAAUGUAGGCUAUUUUAAAUGUUCUGCUCUUAUCUCUGAAGUCUGAAGGAAUGAUUGUGCAUUUCUAAUUGGCAUUGAGUUAUAGUGAUACACGAAUCUGGUUAUUUAUUUGUUUGCAAUAUUUCCUAUCUCCUGUCAAACAUCACAUAUUUCUCAUCUCUAGUAGUAGAUAUAUAUGCUCGAUAUAGAUUUUUGCUUGAUAUUAUUAUCCGUAAAAAAAUGUUUGAAAAGAUUAUCCAUUGCACGUCCUGAAUGAACAUAACUCUGAAGUGGCUCCUACGCAGAUGAUAUUCACAUCACAGAUCUGCUUCCCCAAGCAGACAUCUGUGUCCACCAUCCUCCUCCGACUUCUUCUGUCAAGGCUCUCAUUAUGCUGACCAGUUGAUUGAUAAACAGAUGUUCAGGGUAUUGAUUAGGCAGCUUGUUUUAAUGCAAUUAGUGUGAUUACACUGGGUUAAUUAGAAUGUGUCUGGCUUGGCUCUGCUGGUGAUGACAGUGAAGCUACGUUGAUAGGGAAGCCUGGUAUUUCUUGUACUGUAUGUCUGAAUAACUGGGAUUACAGUAGAUAUUGUGUGGAGAACGCUGAAACUACUGCUGUUGUCAUGAUAUAUAUUAUAUUUCCUAUCAUGUCUGUACACGAUCCAACUAGUACAUAAUGUUUAGCAGGGCAUUAUGUAUCUGUGGGAUCAAUCUAAAAACAUAUCUGUAUUUCUACUAGUACACAACUGUUAUACAUUGUAAUAUGAUUAAUAUGAUAUUUUACUAAAUAUUUUGAAUGUACGUCUAUUGGUGCACAUCAAUCCAAGUCUAUUGUGAGACUAAUCUGGCCUCAGAUUUAAUAUAUUUAUUAUUGUAAAUUAAAAUAAAAACUUCAUCAAUGUC